AUGAAGUUGUCGACAUCAGCGUUGCUGCCAGCGCUCUGCUGGACAGUCCGAUUGGCCUCCGCCGGCCAGGUCUACGUAUACGAUGCACCCAUGGACGAGAUGAGACCGGCCCAAGCCCUAUCGCCAGAGGUGGCGAGAUUAGUAUUGGCACAGAGAGCGGGAGUAGAAGACUACCAUGGUGCGGACUUGAAUGGGCGAGGUGCGGUGAAGGCCAUCAAUGAUUUCGGACGGCGGACAUCGCUUCUUGAUCAACCGACGGAGAGAAGACAGCAGGCUUUCAUACUACUGGAAGGUGUAGAGGCAUCUGAGCUCAACCUACCCAACCACAGCCAAACCUUCACCAUCACAUCGGAACCAGACGUCCGCGCCUCCCGUGGUCUCUGGGUCGACCUAGCAAAACAAGCCAGCCCCGCCACCCUCGGCAAAAAGGACGACGAUAGCGUGUAUGAGACAAUGGCGCAGUUCAGAGAAAUCCGCGAAGGAGAACCUCAUUUCUCCGUCUCCAACAGCGCGGAUAAGAUGCAAGACUGGAUCUCCGACCUCUUCGCCGCGCGCACCCACGACAUCGUCAUCUACUUCGCACCUUCUGAGAGCAAAGACCGCUCCGCUGGCACGAUGCAGCAGUGGGGCACCUACGAGAUGCCGGACACGCAAUCGCCUCUACACAAACGCUCCUCGCCACAGCAGGAAGCACCGCUCGAGGAAGAGACACACACCUCCUACCUCCCCGUCCAAUCCUCCACCGCCCCAAUCUCAUCCCUAGCCCAAUCCUCACCCCUCCCAGGCAUCCUCCCGGCCUGCUUCCCCUCCCAAUCCGCCUGCGAAACCGCGACCCGCAACUGCACCGGCCAUGGCCAGUGCCAGAAAUCCUACACCGACAAAUCAGCCGCCGACACCUCAAAAGCACGGAACUGUUAUUCCUGCUCCUGCUCGGCCUCGGUAUUGAAGGAGAACGGCAAGACCAAGACGACGUACUGGGGUGGUCCGGCGUGCCAGAAGAAGGAUGUCAGUGUCGAGUUCUGGAUGAUUGCGCUGUUUACUGUUUUCCUCAUUUUCCUGAUUGGGUUUGCGAUUGGGCAGGUCUGGGAAAUGGGGAGUGAGGAGCUGCCGAGUGUUAUCGGGGCCGGGGUCAGUGGGCCUGUUAAGAGGUCGUAG